GUUGCUGUCAGUUCGUGAGCUUACCACAACAUAACCUCGAUAUUAUAAGUGACCACAACCAGCUUUCGGCCAGGGUGAAUGAUGUUUUUCACAAAAAAAAUCCUCGAGACUCGUUAGAAUAAUGCACACGAAGCUUGCAUGGCGAUUGUGUUUACUUAUUGUGCAGACCCAUGCGUUUACGCACUGGAUCGUCACGGAAAAUGGACGAAUUGAACCAAAGCUUGACACGCAUUUUUACAUGCGUCGCCCUUACGAUCUCAUCGCUUUACUGGACCAAGAAAAGCGCAGAGAUGAACUUGACGCUCUUGUGCAAGACAUGGAGAAGCAGCGAAAUCUUAUCGACCACAAGUCGCUGCAGACGUCGUUCAUCUACAAUCAGGACUGCGCGAAAGUACCCAAAGACAUUCCGAAUAGCAUCGUUGCAAGUAACGCCAGCGAUCGCGUUUUCUACAGGCUACAACCAGCAGAACCGCAUGUAAAAGUCGAAGCGAUGUGCACGCGUUUUCACUAUCUGCCGUUCAGUAUGCGCACAUUUGAACAUCUGGACGCGAUGCAGUCGCGGAAGGAUAGUAAAGAGGAGACUUGUGAGGAUUGCUUACCGGAAAUGAACUGGGAGGCUGUGGGCCCAACUAUAGUUUCCGGCCUGGAAGAAAACAGCACUUCCUGGGUGCACUACAAUCUUGGUAUCUUAUACUGGUGGCGUCUGGGCAACUUGUACGAAGCUAUUGAGUGUGCGAGACGCGCUAUACACUUUGCGCCACUGGAAUAUAUCGACAUUCCAUUAGCAAAUUUGGGUAAUCUCUUAUACUUGCAUGGGGAAAAGUUCGAAGAUGCUUUGAUGGUUAUUCGUGCAGCGAUUGACCACGCGCCGAAUGAAGCCAAAUAUUAUUUACUACUGGGAGAGGCUUACAUUCACAAGGGCGAGUUCGAAAGCGGUGUCAAGUGUUUCGAAAAGUUUAAAACCCUGCACAUUGCAAAAAAUCGAUUGGAGCGAGGGCAUCUUGAAGAUUCUGCUGCUUCUGCUCUGUCAAUGAGCUGUAUCUUGAAGGCUUUGAUUGGAAUGAAAGAAUAUCAAGAUAUGUUACAAGGCAUUCUCUCAGACCUUCAUGACUUUCACACUAAACAACAGCGAUGGUUGAGUCUGCAGGAGCGUUUUUUCUGGGAGAUCGCCCCGAAUGAAUUCAAAAUGUCGCUGGCGCUCUCCGAACAGUUGACGGCAUCGUCGCUUAAUAUUAACACGUACAAAGGCUUCAAGAACAACAUUGAAAAGAUGUUGGAUAGUUACAAAGAUAAACUCGGCCAGAAUGAACAAACUCCGGAAGCUUUCAAAGACGCGAUACCAAUACCAUUAGAGAAAACCAAAGACGAACAAACCGAAGACGAGAAUUUGGUGCAAAAGUAUCCGACUUCGAUGAAUGUACCUGAUAAUUUAUACUUCGACUCUUCCAAAUGGCCAAGCAGAGAAGAAUGCACUGAAUGGAAUCUACCUUUGACUGAGGAAGAAGAUUUAAAUCUCCCGAUUGUGCUUCCGCCGGAAAACAAAGGAUAUGACAUGAUAAAAUUUUUAUCAACUGACAUCGAUAUGCCAGAAGAUGAGGAACACCCUUUACCUUGGUAUCCUCCAGUUUGUGAAACUGCUGGUUAUGAUUAUGUCGCAAAGUUUCUUCCGGAUGAAAUAAAGAAUAUUGUCGAUAAGAACAAGCCGUUGACAGUGAACAAACUCUUCAAGACUCAUUUUCUUAGUUAUAUAAAUCAGGGUAAUAGUAAUGAAGCGGAAAUAGGCCAAAGAAUAGUUUCUGCAAUGAAAGCAAAGAAAGCCCCUGCUUGGACGCUCGCAAUCUUGGCCAAUAUGUACUGGCGGAUUCGCGGUAACACGAGAAACGCGAUUCAUUGCCUCAGCAUGUAUGUCGAACCAAUGGCUGGGUCCGCAGAUGUGGCGUUUGUUUCCUUGGGAUCUAUGUUAUACCAAAUGGGGCUGAUUGAUAACGCGUUAAAGUUCGCUAACUUAGCUGCGCGAGUCAACUUCAACGAACCGAGCACAAAUUUCCUCUUGGCAUUGAUUUACUACAAGAAACAAAAUCCGAUCAAAGCGUUAUUCUAUUUAAAGAAGGUGCUGCGUGUGGAUUUUGACUAUUACGAUGGCGAAGCCGAAAAGUUAUUGAAAUUAUGGGAGUGUCGUAUUAAACUAGGCGAGUACGAAUUAAAGCCAACUGAAGAAGAUAAACCUGGUGAUAUUUGUACGGAUACAUCGCGCAGCGAAGGUGUCAUUUGCUCGCCAAACGGUGAGCAAUGCAAGACUGCGGCUAUCCAGUGCUUCAAACAAGAAAAACGCCAAAAAAUUAUACACAUGAAUAAAGAGCUUGAGGAGAAACAAUGUACGAGUACUACGAAUACAGCAGUAGGGCCCGGAUCUUUGAUAUCAACUAUGAUGCAUUCUGGGAGGGAUCCGCAAGAGUUUCAAAUGCGGAUAUUGUUUGGACAUGAUACCGAUGCGUUAACUCAGUCCGGAAUGCCAGAAAGCUCACUAGGAGACUUUUAUGUUUCAGUUGCAAUGAGUGAAGAACAAGGUCGCGAAGUAAUGCUCAAUGUGUAUGAUAAGUCUGGUACUUAUGUCCUGUCAAAGACAAAGUGCAACGAUAUCAAAGAAGCUGAUUGGUUGCACUUCACAUCUCUAUGGGAUGCAUUUGCUAGUCGAAAUAUUGAUAUUGCACCUUAUUUGAUGCCCUUGCUUCGGCAAGCGUCAGAGGUACGUCCAUAUUGUUUAACUUCGGUUAAACCCGAGUCAGUGAUUCUGGAUAAGAUUACUGCGAUGAUAUUGCGGCGGCACUUACCGCACAUUCCGGAGGAAGGCAUCGCGAAAUGGUUGGGGUUGAUGGCGUCUGAUUUAGAGGCAUCUGUCGCUGAGUUGGGUGCGAAAAUCGGCACAGCUCUCAAUGAGAAUAAUACGUCGUGGAUUCUCGCCACUGCAGCCGCAUUGUAUUGGCGCGUCGUGGGCAAUACCGAAGAAGCCGUCACGUGCAUACGGCAAGCGCUCACUUAUGUACCAGCCGAUAUGAAAGACAUUCCGCUUACGAAUCUCGCCAGUAUCUUACAAAAGUAUGUUCCCAUCAAUUGUUUAAAUUUCAUUGCAAGUUGUAUAUAUUAUCAUUUUAGGAUGGGACACUUCCAUGACGCACUGGAAAUAAUGGAAUUGGCAAUGCAGGCCAACCCCAACUUCGUCGUGAAUCACUUCCACGCCGGAAACAUUUACACUGCUCUGGGUGACUACGAGAAUGCAGUCGCAUUGUACCGCUCCUCGCUAGCUCUGGACGUGAAUUUCGAGCCAGCGCGCAAUCGCCUGCAGGCAAUCCUCUGCACGCUGCUCUUCGACGAGACGCGAACAAUUCGUGAAUCUAGCGAAUCCUAAUACUCUGUGUACCAAUAUGAAUCAUAUUUUACUACCGAAUAGCUCUCAAACUGAAUGAUCUCAAGUUGAUGUACGUACAUAUGCUCAUUCUUUACAAUUUAUUAAUAAGGCUAUUUUAAGAUAUUUACUAUUGACAUUUCCUGACUUUACAAUGGUUUUUAUUCCCUAUGACUGAUUUUUUUUCUAUUUGCGACUUAUUAUUCGAAGGCUUACUUAAAAGGAUACAUGUUAACAUGAGUUUCAAGAGACAAACACAUUGUCACAUAUGUGUGUAAUUAUUCGAUGUUACACAUACAAACAAAUAAAUAACAAACAAAAGCGCCAUGACACUGAA